CAAGUCCGUCCUUUUUUAAGUCGACCAGCGUCGACUUUUCCUCACAAUCAAUUAUCGAGCGCUUCUUCUUCUUCCCGCCUCUGGAAGUUUUUUGAAGUUUGACUCAUGGAUCCUCAACCCGAACCAGUGAGCUACAUAUGUGGAGAUUGUGGAAUGGAGAACACUCUGAAGCAGGGUGAUGUUAUACAGUGCCGAGAGUGUGGUUAUCGUAUUCUCUACAAGAAGCGCACCCGUCGCAUUGUUCAGUAUGAGGCCCGCUGAAAUGCUUAUUCUGGCGAGAUGAACUUUUAGUAUCAUUGACUUUUUAGUAAAACAAAAAUGGAACUCAACAUUGCUUAAGGACUCUUCUCUGCAAUGUAAACAUGAUUAUAGCGCUGGCAACAUAUUAAUAUAGUCAAGUUCUU